AUGCGAUUCUUUGAGGGUCUGAAUUUAAAGUAUCAGAAACGAAUUGGGACAUAUACCACCUUUGAAGAGUUGUAUGAUCGUGCUCUGGAACAAGAGAGAAUUGAGAUGAAGGAUGAGGAGUUUAGAAAGAGAAGAAAUGGAGGAAAAUUUAAAGAAGGGGGAUUCAAGAAGGCAAAAACAGAAAUGACAACCCCAACUCAGUUCAGAGGGCUAGCUGGGAAUGGCAGAGGAGGAAUCAGGAAGGAUAGGAGAAAUAAUAAACCAGGGAAUAUGUUGAUGCUGGCAGCUGGAGAAGGAAGUUCAAGUCAAGGGAGGGCCGGAAAAGGGAUUCAGCAUGGCAAUCAAGGGAAAGCAGCAGGGAAGUUAUUUGCUGUUAAGACAGAAGCGAAGGAGAUUCCUGAGCUGCAGGAGUUGCCAGGUAAUGUAAUUUCAGGGAGAUUUCUUGUAUGUAACUCGAUGGCUAAGGUGUUAUUUGAUUCUGGAGCUUCACAUUCAUUUGUUUCAAAUGUGUUUGUUAGCAAUCUGCCGUGUAGACCAUGUGUGCAACCUUUAAAUAUGCAUAUUAGUAUGCCAAAUGGGGAGUCGAUAUGUUGUAAAUGGAUAUUUAGAAAUUGUGAAAUUAGAAUAGCAGGGUCCGAAUUGCGGGUAGAUCUGAUACCCUUUAAUUUGGAUUAUUAUGAUGUGAUUUUGGGGAUGAAUUGGUUAAGUAAAAAUAGAGCGGUGAUAGAAUGUUAUGCUAGAGCCGUCAGAUUGAGGUCUCCAUGCGGAGAUAACAUUGUGUAUAAAGAAGAAAUGGUAAAACCGAUGGAAAAAGGUGAAGUGAUAAUUAAGAAUGAUACAGAGAUAAUACCUGAAGGUAUGGGGAAGGGGGUAAAAAGGAGGAAAGGGGAAUUGAAGAAAUUCCAGUGGAGAGAUUUCCAGGAUGUAUUCCCAGGAGACUUACCGGGAUUGCCACCGCAUCGGGUGGUUGAUUUUCAUAUUGAUCUGGUGCCGGGGGCGACACCGAUAUCUAGAGCUCCUUAUAGGAUGGCUCCUGCAGAAAUGGCUGAAUUGAAAAAGCAAUUAGAAGAAUUGUUGCAGAAAGGUUAUAUCCGACCUAGUGUGUCUCCAUGGGGCGCACCAGUAUUGUUUGUGAAGAAAAAGGAUGUUGAAGGGGGCAGGAUAUUCUCAAAGAUCGAUUUAAGGUCGGGGUAUCAUCAAAUGCGCAUCGUGGAGGAAGAUAUACCGAAAACAGCAUUCAGGACGAGAUAUGGACAUUAUGAGUUCGUGGUGAUGCCGUUUGGACUCACUAAUGCACCAGCAGCUUUUAUGGAUUUAAUGCAGAGGGAUAUUGUAACCAAAGAAGGUAUAGCAGUGGACCCUGAAAAGAUAAAAGCGGUAAAAGAAUGGCCUGCACCUACAAAUGUUGGGGAAGUUAGAAGUUUUCUUGGGCUUGCUGGAUAUUAUAGAAGAUUCGUGGAGAAUUUUUCGCGAAUAGCGUUACCGAUUACGAAUUUGAUCAAGAAAACUACAAGAUUUCAGUGGACGGAGAAAUGUGAGAAGGCCUUUCGGGAGUUAAAAGAAAGAUUGACUAGCGCUCCAGUCUUAGCUCUACCUUCUGGGACAGAAGGAUUUGAGGUUUAUAGUGAUGCCUCUCAGGAAGGAUUAGGAUGUGUGUUAAUGCAGAACCAGCGGGUUAUAGCUUACGCUUCCAGAUAUUCAAUAUCACCGGGAAAAGCAAAUAAAGUUGCAGAUGCUCUAAGUAGAAGACCUCGUCGGGAAGUGAAUGCAUUGAUAUCAGUGCCAGAGGAGUUGUAUAACGAGCUGGUACAAUUAGAUUUGCGAGUGGUUGCAAGAGGUCAAUUACAAGGAGAAUUAAAUGCAAUUAUGAUGAAACCGUCUCUCUUUGAAGAAAUUCGGGAAAAGCAGGAUAAAGAUGAUUUCAUCAAGGAGUUGAAGUCAAAGAUAGAAAAGAAUGAGAUGACGGACUUCCAAGAAUAUGCUGAUGGAAGUAUUCGUUUAAAUGGAAGAUGGUGUAUUCCUAAUGACGGGGAAUUGAAGAAUAAAAUUCUGAAGGAAGCACAUAGCAGUGCUUACUCAGUUCAUCCAGGCAGAGAUAAAAUGAUUCAAGAUGUGAAGAAGUACUUCUGGUGGAAAGGGUUAAAGAGAGACAUCUCACAGUUCGUGGCAAGGUGUUUAAUUUGUCAAAAGGUAAAAUUUGAGCGAAAGAAGAUGUUGGGAUUGCUGCAGCCACUGCCAGUACCGGAAUGGAAAUGGGAUUCGAUCUCCAUGGACUUUGUAUCAAGAUUACCUAAAUCAAGAAGGGGAAAUGAUUCUAUAUGGGUGGUAGUGGACAGAUUGACAAAGACAGCUCGGUUUAUUCCCAUGGGAGUAACUUGGAGCAAGAAACAGCUAGCAGAUGCAUAUAUCAGAGAAAUUGUUCGAUUGCAUGGCGUUCCAACCACCAUUAUUUCUGACCGAGAUACCCGGUUCCUGUCACAUUUCUGGGAGAAAUUGCAAGAAGCUUUGGGUCGACUCAGAAAUUUAGCACACAUUCCAUCCAGCAACAGAUGGGCAAACGGAGCGAGUAAUCCAAAUAUUAGAAGAUAUGUUACGAGCCUGUGUAUUGGAAUUUAA